AUGCCGGGCCUCAUCUCGUUUCUGUCUACGCCGCAGCCGACACGAACCAACUCUUCUUUCACCCCAGCCCGGCCGGUCAACAGCUACCUCGGGACAGAUCAGGGUGUUGCACGAGGCAGCAACUGUCAAACACCCAUCCAACUUGACAACGAACCCGAGCCCGUAUCCGCUUCAGCCUCUCGAAACGCCACUCACACCCAGCAACACCAACAACACCAACAUCAACAUAUCGAUAGUCUUGUGGCCGCCACUGCACCGGACAGCACCCAAACCCAACAAGCCCUCCCCUCAUUUCUACACUUCGCCGCCACCCUGGAUUACCAACCCUUCGACGCAACUGCGCUACAGCAGAACGGCGCCCCACAGACACCCAACCGCCAACCGAUUACCGACGAAUACCUCUCCGCACUAGUCGACGGGAACUUCUCCUCACCGUCCUCAUAUCCCCGACACAUCCAGGACUCUGCAGACAGCUUUCAGCACCCGAACCUUGCCCAAAGUCCUCGGAACCCCCCCCAUCGCCACCCUUCUGGCACGCCGCUGCGGCCCGACCGCCCAGCUAGGUACAGCCGCCAGAACACGAACGCUGCGCUGAGAGCAGCAGCAGCAGCAAGAAAUCCAACGUCGCAUCCCGCGUCCCGCGACAACGAGCUCGAAGACUCGCUUUUCGUAAGCUCGGACGACGAAUCCCGGGCCACGAUGCCUGUUCAGACCCGCCGGAGGGCUUCCACGAUCCCCAGCUCUGAUCAUGACCCCGACCCAGAGGAGAUUGUGGUCUCCGCCACGCGAAAGCGGGCGGCCCCUUCGUCCGCCCCUACCAGAGGGACUGCCGCUCCCAAGCGACGACGAACGUCGCAGCCUCAGACCGUACGCGACCGGACGACAACGCCCGGCGCCCUGACGCUUGACGACGACAUUUUUGGCGAAGACGCUGUAGAUGUCAAGAAGGGCAAGGGGAAGGUCGAAGAAGUCAUUGAUCUUGCCGACACGAACGAGGUGCCAGAGGAUUUGAAGGCGCCCAAGGAUGACAACAGAGUAAAGAUUUCGGCAUUUCAGUGUGUCAUCUGCAUGGACGAUGUCACGGCCUUGACAGUAACACACUGUGGCCACCUCUUCUGCUCCGAGUGCCUUCACUCAGCGCUGAACGUUGACGCAACCAAGAACAAAUGCCCAAUCUGCAGACAAAAGGUUGAAACCAAAGACCGAAACACCUACACGUCCAAGACAAAGGGUUUCUGGCCCCUGGAGCUCAAGCUGAUGACAGCCAGCCGCAAGGGCAAGCAACGGGCGUGA